UCGUGAUGGGUGACGGUAAUGGUGUAAAUGUCUGAUGUCUUUGUGAGCCACGCCACAGAGUGCAAUCUUGUAGAAGUACUUAUGUAGUUUACAAUUACUUUAGCUUGAAUUAAUUUACUUGAAUAUAGUUAAACUUCUAAUUUCUACUAUAUAAUUGAGUUUACAAUUUGAAAAUGGCUUCAAAUGAGGGCCGAAGUGUACAGUCAAACUUGCAUCAGCAAGACCUAACCAAACUUGAUGUUACAAAGUUAUCAGCUUUAUCACCUGAAGUUAUAUCAAGACAAGCCACCAUCAACAUUGGUACUAUCGGUCAUGUAGCUCAUGGAAAGUCAACAGUGGUAAAGGCCAUAUCAGGUGUCCAAACUGUCAGAUUCAAAAACGAGCUUGAGAGAAAUAUUACUAUUAAAUUAGGUUAUGCCAAUGCAAAGAUCUACAAAUGCGAUAAUCCGAAGUGUCCCCGCCCGACGAGUUAUAUCUCCGGCGGGUCGUCUAAGGACGACAACUUCCCUUGCCUGCGACCCGCGUGCACCGGUCGGUUCCAACUCGUGCGUCACGUCAGCUUCGUAGAUUGCCCCGGACACGACAUCCUCAUGGCAACCAUGCUUAACGGAGCUGCUGUUAUGGACGCAGCGUUACUACUUAUCGCUGGAAACGAGUCGUGCCCCCAGCCUCAAACUAGCGAGCACUUGGCCGCGAUAGAAAUAAUGAAAUUGAAACACAUCCUGAUCCUGCAGAACAAGAUAGACCUGGUAAAGGAGGGGCAGGCCAAGGAGCAGCACGAGCAGAUCGUCAAGUUCGUGCAGGGCACCGUGGCCGAGGGCUCGCCCAUCAUACCAAUAUCUGCCCAACUCAAAUAUAACAUUGAGGUUCUGUGUGAAUAUAUAACAAAGAAAAUCCCAGUACCGCUGCGGGACUUCACGUCUCCCCCGCGGAUGAUCGUGAUCAGGUCUUUCGACGUGAACAAGCCUGGCUGCGAGGUUGACGACUUGCGGGGCGGAGUCGCCGGCGGCUCCAUACUGCAGGGCGUACUCACUGUGGGAAUGGAGAUUGAGGUGCGACCAGGGUUAGUGAGCAAGGAUGCUGAGGGUCGUCUGACGUGUCAGCCGAUCUUCUCGCGCAUCGUGUCACUGUUCGCGGAACAGAACGAGCUGCAGUACGCGGUGCCAGGUGGACUCAUCGGUGUCGGCACCAAGAUAGAGCCCACGCUCUGUCGCGCUGACAGGCUCGUCGGACAGGUGCUCGGUGCUGUUGGCACUUUGCCGGGCAUCUUUGUGAAGCUGGAGGUGUCGUAUCAUCUGCUGAAGCGACUGCUGGGAGUGCGCACUGAAGGUGACAAGAAGGCAGCCAAGGUGCAGAAACUCACCCGCCACGAGAUGUUGCUCGUAAACAUCGGCUCUCUGAGUACCGGCGGACGAGUUAUUGCGACUAAAGCCGAUUUAGCCAAGAUCGCUCUCAACAACCCUGUCUGCACUGAAAUCGGAGAAAAGGUCGCUCUCAGUAGACGUGUUGAGAACCAUUGGCGGUUAAUUGGCUGGGGACAAAUUCAAGGAGGAGAUACGAUCGACCCCGUGAAGAACUGAAGCUGUUUAUAGAUCCUUUUAUAUAUUUAUCUAUUGUCAUAUUAUAUAAUAAAAACAACUAAAAUAU